AUUCAGUUUCAAUACGUCGCUUGCCUCCAGUGGCUUUGCCAAUACAAGAUCUUCCAUCUCAUACCUCUCAACGACCCAAUCAGUUAUGCAAGCCUUGCCACGGCAGCUAACCUUCCCGAGUAUCGCCUCAAAGCCAUCAUCCGUAUGGUCAUGACAAACACGCUCUUCACGGAAGAACCGGACGGGAAACACAUCCGUCACUCCGCUACCUCGGCCUUCCUAGCCCGCAAUGACGAUGCAUACGCCUACGCGACGUACAUGUGUGCUAAAUCUGCCCCAAUGGCAAUGCACAUGGCAGCAGCACAUGAGCGAUGGGGAACUGAUACAACCCGCACGUAUGAAACCGCGUACAAUCUCGCCUUUGAUACUGAUCUUCCGUUUUUUGAUCAUCUUUCCCGCAAUGAGAACAAAAUGAGAGAGUUUGCUCGCUAUAUGCGCAGUGUGAGGAGUAGUGAGGGUGUUGAUCUUAAACAUCUCAUCGCAGGAUUCAACUGGCAGGAUAUCGUUGAUAGUGGAGUUGUUGUUGAUGUCGGAGGAUCAACCGGAGGCGCAGCUAUAGCCCUAGGCAAAGCAUUCCCUCACCUCAACUUCGUCGUCCAAGACCUCCCAGAAAAUGCAGACAACGGACGUGAAGCGGCAGCUCAAUCCUCCUUACCUGCAGACAUUGCAUCCCGUCUCACCUUCCAAGCCCAUGACUUUACCCACCCGCAACCAGUCCAAGGCGCCGAAAUCUACCUCCUGCGGAUGAUCCUUCACGACUGGCCAGAUGCCAAAGCUAUCAAAAUUCUCCAAAACAUCGUAGCGGCAAUGGAUAGGAACAAGGCGUCUUCGCGUCUGCUUAUCAUGGACACUGUACUCCCGUCGCCUGGGUCAGUACCUGUUUCUGUGGAGCGGCUUAUCCGAGUCAGGGACUUGACUAUGUUUCAGGCUUUUAAUAGUAAAGAGAGGGAUUUGGAGGAUUGGAGGGGUUUGGUUGCGGCUGUUGAUCCAGAUUUGCGUUUGGUCGGCGUUAUUCAGCCUUUUGGUAGUGCCAUGUCUGUUUUGGAGCUUUCUUUAGGCUCUACUGAGUGA